GUAGCCCUGAACCCUCGCAUACUCGCUUUCAUUUCAUUUGUCUCGUAGAUCUGUUCCGCUCGCGUCGGGUUCUCCGCGACAGGGAAUGGCCUCCGAAGGUGUGCUACUCGGCAUGGGGAAUCCCCUCCUCGACAUCUCCGCUGUCGUCGACGAAGAGUUUCUUAGCAGAUAUGACAUCAAGAUAAAUAAUGCAAUUCUGGCGGAGGAAAAGCAUCUGCCCAUGUAUGAUGAGUUAGCUGCAAAAUCUAAUGUUGAAUACAUUGCUGGAGGGGCGACUCAAAAUUCAAUCCGGGUUGCUCAGUGGAUGCUACAAAUUCCUGGUGCAACAAGCUACAUGGGAUGCAUUGGGAAGGACAAAUUUGGAGAGGAAAUGAAGAAAAAUUCAAAUGCUGCAGGUGUUAAUGUUCACUAUUAUGAGGAUGAAACUGCUCCAACUGGUACAUGUGCUGUCUGUGUUGUUGGUGGUGAAAGGUCCCUAGUUGCUAAUUUGUCUGCAGCGAAUUGCUACAAAAUUGAACACCUAAAGAGACCAGAGAACUGGGCUCUGGUUGAAAAGGCCAAGUACAUUUACAUUGCUGGUUUUUUCCUCACGGUGUCUCCUGAUUCUAUUCAACUUGUAGCUGAACAUGCUGCUGCCCAAAAUAAGGUGUUUUCAAUGAACCUUUCUGCUCCUUUCAUUUGUGAAUUCUUCCGAGAUGCUCAAGAACAGGCCUUGCCAUAUGUGGAUUAUGUGUUUGGAAAUGAAACCGAAGCAAGGAUCUUUGCAAAAGUUCAUGGUUGGGCGACUGAGAAUGUUGAAGAGAUUGCUUUAAAGAUCUCGGCGUUGCCAAAGGCAUCAGGAACACACAAAAGAACUACGGUUAUCACUCAAGGUUGCGAUCCAGUAGUUGUUGCUGAAGAUGGGAAGGUGAGGUCGUUCCCUGUCAUCCUAUUACCAAAGGAGAAACUAGUCGAUACCAAUGGUGCAGGCGAUGCGUUUGUUGGAGGAUUCUUGUCUCAAUUGGUUCAAGGAAAAAGCAUCGAUGAUUGUGUAAGAGGUGGGUGCUACGCCGCAAAUGUCAUUAUCCAGAGGCCAGGCUGCACUUACCCAGAGAAACCAGAUUUCCAGUAAAUCUACAAUGAGUUGACUUGGCAGAAUCAACGCCCUUGAUUCAAUGGGUUUGCCCUUACUCGCGUCCUUUUUGUAUUCCAGAACUGCAUGUCCCUUUGUUGUCGUAGAAGAUGCUCUAGUUUUUCAGGCAUUCCAAGUUCAAAUUUUAAACUUUUCAAUGGGGUUGUGUUGCAUUCAUUAACUCCACACAUCACCCUUUGUUAUUUUACUAGAAUCUUUUAUUUUACUGCCGUUCAAUAUAUACUGUCUUCCAUUUA